AUGCAUGGUAUAAAGUUAUCUAGAUAUCUUAAAAUAUUGGUGCUACUAUGGUUCCUGCUGAAUUUGGUUAAUGGUUCAUUGAGAUCUGUAGGGUCUAGCAACUUUGAUGCUGAACAUGAAGAGCAAAGAAUAAGUCUAGUGAGAAAAAAUCAAAGAAAAAAUAUAGAAGGCUCUGGCUCUAAUCAACGACUUUUAUUGCCAAAAUUUCAUAAUGAUAAAUUGUUGGAUAAAAUAGAGUCAACUAUAAUGAGCUCUAGAACCACACGCCCAUCACAAGCAAUUCCAAAUAAGGUGCAAGAUGGACACGGAUUAAUAGCAACCCUUCCGGUUUCAUAUCUUGUUGGGAGAACAAUCAAUGAUCUUACUUUAACUGACUUAAUUAUUGUAGCAGAUAUUGAAGGUUAUUUGCAUGCAGUCAAUAGAAGUACAGGUGAAACAAAAUGGUCUCUUAAUUCUACUGGAUUCGAACCUUUGGUGAAGAUAGAGCAGCAAUCCUCCGUAGAAACAAAAGAAACUUUAAUUGUUGAACCUUUUAGAAACGGUUUACUGUAUUUUUUUCAUGCUAACCAAGGAUUACAGAGAAUUCCAGCAUCUGUACGUCAAUUAAUUGACAAUUCACCAGAGUAUAUGAGGGCAACACUUCCUGUUGAUAAUUAUGGUACUACAGUUGAGGAUGAAAAGAUCUUUACAGGGUCUAGAUCCAGUUCAUUAUACACAAUUGAUCUUAAUUCAGGAGAUAUCAUAUCUGCAUUCGGUUUUGGAACUAGAAAUUUUGUCAAAUGCUUUCCUGAUGACGGCAAUAAAUAUUCUGUACAUCCAUCAAAUUUACUAACUAUUGGAAAAUCAAUUUAUCACUUGCAAAUUGAUAGUCAUUCUUCCUCUGUCUUUAAUGUAACCUAUGCAGAAUGGCAACCAAAUUCUUUGGAUUCACAUCUUUCAAAUGAAAAUACAAUUCCAGGAGAUGGGUUACUGAUUACUCCCUUUAGAGAUAAGACAUUAUUAGCAGUGGAUACUCAUAUGAGAGUAGCGAAAUGGAUAUCAUCUGAAUUCCCAGGUAUUGUUACAACAGUAUUUGAUGUAUUUAUGGAUAAUUAUUCUUCCGAACCUGUACUUGUAGCUCAUCCAUUUCAUUCUAUAUCAGAUGAGGAAACUGAGGGAAGUAAAGUUUACUUAGAACAAAUUGAGAAUCAAUCAUGGGUGGCUUUCUCUAUAACAAAUUAUCCAUCACUAGUUAAAGCCGCACCGCUAUCAAAAUAUGUAACUAGUGAUAAUUGGAGAAGUGAAUCAAUUUUUAAAAAUGAGAAUCUUUUUAGAACAUCUGUGAUAGGUGUUCAUGUACUUAAAGAACCAUCUUAUCACUUUUCAAAUCAAUACUUAACCAGAUCCCAAACUAUGCCGUUAUUAAUUGAUUCUGUUGCAUAUGAAUCAAAAGCCUUAGCAACGAAGCAAUUGAAUAUAUAUCCAAAUCAAGAAAUAAUAAAUGACCUAGAAGAAGAAAUAAAGGACAAUCGUGAAGAGAAGUAUAUUAAAUCUUCAAUAGCUCUAUAUAUACUAAGAUUUUGCUAUAAAAUUUUUGAAAAUGGUCUGAUACUAAUAGUUUCAGUACUAAUUUUGGGAGUCUUACAAAGGCUUCACCUUGUACCACCUAUUGGAGCUAUAUUGAAUAUAUUCGGAAUAGCUCCUGUUUUUAACAAUUUAGAUAAUAUCAAUAAAGUCAAUAAAGAAGUAAAUACUUCAGAAAAUGGGCAAAAUUCUUCUACAGAUGAGGUUACCAUCAUUGAUGAAGUAACAAAGACUGCAAAUCACUAUGUCAACAAUCUUAGUCCUGAUGUAGUAGUGAACGAAGAAUUGGACAUUAUAACAAAGAAGAAGAGGAAACGUGGCACUAGGGGUGGUAAGAACAAUAAACGUAAAGGAAAUACCUUAGAAAAUAAUGAGGUAUCAGACAAUUUAAAACAUCUGGUUGUGUCAAAUAAGGUUUUAGGAUAUGGUUCUUCAGGUACUGUAGUCUUUGAAGGUAAGUUUCAAGGAAGACCAGUCGCGGUGAAGCGGAUGCUUUUAGAUUUUUGUGAUUUAGCUGAAAGAGAAAUUGAGCUGUUAACUGAAAGUGAUAAUCAUAGUAAUAUCAUUAGAUAUUAUUGCUCUGAAACCACUGAGAAAUUUCUAUAUAUCGCAUUAGAACGUUGUAAUGCCUCUUUACAAGAUAUUAUUGAAAUGAAAAAUCCUAAGAUUGAAAUAUCUGAUUCAUUAAUUAAAACUCUAGAUCCUAUAAACAUACUUUUUCAAAUUGCAUCAGGUAUUGCGUACCUUCAUUUGUUAAAGAUUAUUCACAGGGAUAUCAAACCACAGAAUAUUUUAUUAGCAGUUUCUAAAAUUAUUGAUAAAAAUACGGACAUUGAGACUGAAAAGAUACGAAUAUUGAUAUCUGAUUUUGGAUUGUGCAAAAAAUUAGAUGUCGACCAGUCAUCUUUCAGGACAAACCUUAAUAACCCAGCAGGUACAACUGGUUGGAGAGCACCUGAGUUGUUAAAUGGGAGUUUAGUCAACAAUGAUGUUAUGUCGAGUAGUACUACCUUAAAUAAAAAUGAUUGUGUGCAAGAAUUAUCAAAUUCGUCUACUGGUACAUUUUAUGAUACGUAUACAAAACAACGACUAACAAGAGCCAUUGAUAUCUUUUCGUUGGGAUGCGUUUUUUAUUAUGUCCUAUCUAAAGGAGAACAUCCAUUUGGUGAUAAAUUCAUAAGAGAAUCAAACAUAAUUAAUGGCUACUAUAAUUUGGACCAUCUGAAAAGGACUAUUGAAUAUAAAUCUGUAACUUUAGAAGCAACAGACUUAAUUAAAAGGAUGAUUGAUAAGGAUCCUAAAAAAAGACCUACUGCAGCUAUAGUGUUGAAACAUCCACUAUUUUGGCCAAUAUCUAAGAAAUUGGUUUUUUUGUUAAAGUUUAGUGAUCGGUUUGAAAUAGAAAACAAAGAUCCAACUAAUCAGUUAUUAUUAAAAUUAAAUGUUGUAUCUUCUAAAGUGAUUAAAAAUAGGGAUUGGUCUUCCAAGUUUGAUCAAAAAUUCAUGGAAAAUUUGGGUAAAUAUAGAAAAUAUCAUUUUGAAAGGGUAUUAGAUUUAUUGAGAGCAAUAAGAAACAAGUAUCAUCAUUUUAUGGAUUUGCCUGAGGAUCUAGCUAAAGAAAUGGGACCUUUACCAGAUGGAUUUUAUAAAUAUUUUAUACGAAAAUUUCCUAAUUUACUAAUGGAAGUCUAUCUAUUUGUCGAGGAAAAUAUGAAAGAGGAACAAGUGUUUGCUGAAUUUUUUUAG